AGAGCAGCUCCUCGGUGGAGUCAUCACAGCACAAUCCACAGGGACACCUUUAAUCCUCUUCUCCCUGCACCCUUCAGGCGCUGCCAUCACCCGCGUUCCCUGCAGCACUCUCUGCUCCGUGCCUAGCAACCGGAGAGUACACACACACCCUGAGCCCGGCAGCAUGCCAGCAGGGGGGGGACGGAGAGAUGUGCAGAAGCCGAUUGCAUUUGGAACACGCCAAGAGAGGAAAAUGUUCCCUCUGCAUGAUGCUCCAGACAGGCUGGGCAUCCAGCUGAAGUCCAUCAGGGGACAGCCUUCGCUUGGGCCAGGCUGCUACCUGAGCCAAGAGAGAUGCAGCUUCAGGUACUCCUUGGAAAACAAACCUCUGAGCACCAGAGGCUAUGUGAUAGGAGCAAGGACAGCCCAGCGUUUCCAAAUACAGCCACAGACUGUGACUCCCAGCCCAGCAACGUACCAGCCAUUCUGGAAUAAAGAGAGGGAAUGCCAGCCUGCCUAUGCUCCGUUUUCCACUAAGACACCACGAUUUCCACAUAAGCCUUCAGAUAGAGAAUUAUUCCCUGGACCUGGAACUUAUAAAGCAGACAAGCAAUUACACAAAAGAAUCACUUGGCCAAUGAAGUUUGGCUCCCCAGACUGGUCUUUAGUGCCGAUGCCACCGAGGAGGAUGCUAAAAAUGGAGGUACAAAAGAUAACCAUAGACAAAGAAUUCAUGAGACACCGGAACCGAGUGGCCUACCUGAGUUUAUACUUCAGCUGAGGAGCCAGAGCUGCUGCCACAUCCCCCUCUUCCAUAGAGGCACCUCAGGCCUCACUUUUGCUUCCCAUCUCCUCCUGAAGAUGCUCAUCUGCACUACGCAGCCUCUCCCAAUAAAGGCAUUGCAGA